GGGCUGUCCGGGGCCCGGCGUCGGAGCAUGGCGCUGAGCGCGGAGCGCGCCCUGCAGGCGGCCCGCCAAGGGGACCUGGAGCGGCUGCGGGCGGCGCUGUCCCCGGAGCAUCCUCCUCCUCCUCCUCCUCCUCCGCGGGACCCUCUGGGCGCCUCGGCCGCCCACCACGCCGCCCGGGCCGGGAAGCUGCACUGCCUGCGCUUCCUGGUGGAGGAGGCCGCCCUGCCGGGCAACGCCCGCGCCAGCAACGGGGCCACGCCGGGCCACGACGCCGCCGCCACCGGCAGCCUGCCCUGCCUCCAGUGGCUGCUCCAGCACGGCGGAUGCGCCCCGCAGGACACAGACAACUCUGGUGCCACCGUCCUGCACCUGGCCGCCCGCUUUGGGCACCAUGAAGUGAUAGACUGGCUCCUGCGCUUCGGGGGCAGCGAUCCGCUGGCGGCCACGGACACGGGGGCUUUACCCGUCCACUACGCUGCAGCCAAAGGAGACUUCCCUUCCUUGCGAAUCCUCAUCGGACAUUGCCCCAGUUCGGUCAGUGCCCAAACCAAGAACGGUGCCACACCUCUCUACUUAGCCUGCCAGGAGGGCCACCUGGAGAUCAUCCAGUACUUGGUCAAGGACUGUGGAGCGGACCCCCACGUACGCGCCAAUGACGGGAUGACCCCUCUCCAUGCCGCCGCCCAGAUGGGCCACAACACCGUCAUCGUCUGGCUGAUGAGCUUCACCGACAUCAGCCUCUCGGAGCAAGACGACGACGGAGCCACCGCCAUGCACUUUGCGGCCAGUCGAGGCCAUGCCAAAGUCCUCAGCUGGCUGCUUUUGCAUGGAGGGGAGAUCACCACGGAUCACUGGGGGGGGACCCCUUUGCACGACGCUGCCGAGAAUGGGGAGCUGGAGUGCUGUCAAAUCCUUGUGGUGAACGGUGUGAAUUUGGGCAUCCGGGACCAAGAUGGCUACACAGCGGCCGACCUGGCAGACUACAAUGGGCAUUUGCAUUGCGCCAAGUACUUGCGCACGGUGGAGAACAUGAGCGUGGAGCACCGGGUUCUCUCUCGGGACCCGUCCGCUGAUCUGGAGUCCAAGCAGCCAGACUCGGGCAUGUCUUCGCCCAACACCACUAUGUCUGCCCCCCAGGCCCACUUUGACCUGGGCUCCCCCAGCAGCACCCUCUCCAACUACGACUCCUGCAACUCCAGCCAGUCCAGCACCGGUGAGAAGAGAAACGGCCAAGGCACAAGGAUUCCUGAGACGACCAUCACUGACAUGCAGACCUACAUGGACAUGUUGAACCCAGACAUGGGGGCGGGCAAGAAGGGUGAGGAGGCCACCCUCCCUCCACCCCCAAACUUCCCUGCCCCUCCACCGCCCCCCAACUCCAAAGUGCCUCCUCCGCCCCCCGGGUAUCCGGCCCCGAAUCCGCCUGAAGCCCAGCACACGGCGGAGAUCUAUGUCCAGGCAAAGAACAACCUGCGCCACGUGGAGAGCGAAGCCCUCAAGCGAGAGCUCACGUCGCUUGAGAGCAGCCCUGAACUGCGCCGCGUCGACUCCAGCCGGAAAUCGAGAAGCUUCAACAAGCAGCCCAGCACCGGGGAUUACUACAAACACCUGGGUAGCGGAAACACCGGAGAUCAGGCCGGGAACAACCCCGCGAUGGCGCACAGCGAGGAGGCAUCCCUUCCAUCCAACGACAGCGUGCAAAAUGGGAGCCCAGUGGAGAACCCUCCUUCUGGGGAGAUGCCUCCUCCUCCUCCUCCGCCGCCUCUUCCGGAGGGGGCCUGCUCCCCACCGCCCCCCCCUCCGCUGCCGACAGAGCAUCACCCAUCAUCCACCAGCCAGCGCCGGUCCUCAUCCUCCACCGGAAGCACCAAGUCCUUCAACAUGAUGUCUCCGACCGGUGACAACGCAGAGCUGCUGGCCGAAAUCAAGGCUGGGAAGAGCCUGAAGCCCACCCCGCAGAGCAAGGGCUUCACCACCGUCUUCUCAGGCUGCGGCCAGGCUGGCGCCAAUGUUGAGACCCCCACAUCUUCUCCAUCUCCGUCCCGGACGCCCACGCCUCCCUCCACCCCCGAAGCGGGGUCUGCACCCCGACCGGCCAUCUCACCCGAGCCAGUGGUCAACGGGUCCUCUCCGCCGCUGGCCUCGUCCAUUCCGGCUGGACAGGUGGACGUGGAGGCCCUGAUCCCCACCCACGACGAGCAAGGAAGGCCCAUCCCCGAGUGGAAGCGGCAAGUGAUGGUCCGCAAGCUCCAGAUGAAGAUCCAGGAGGAGGAAGAGCAGAGGCGCAAGGAAAGAGAGGAAGAGGCCCGUUUGGCCACAAUGCCGGCCUGGAGGAGAGACAUCCUUCGCAAGAAGAUGGAAGAGGAAAGAGAGCAAAAACGCAAAGAGCAAGAGAAACUGCGGAGGGAAGAGGCAGAGAAGGAGAAAGAGCAGUCGGAAAAGCUAAGGACUCUUGGGUACGAUGAGACAAAACUGGCCCCUUGGCAAAGGCAGAUUAUCCUCAAAAAAGGAGACAUCUCGAAGCACUAGGAGCUGGAUGCCACUGCAACCACCAUCAUCCCCUUCCUCCUGCUGCUGCUGCUUCGAUCCUGUGAGUUCUUGAGACGAAGAGAGGAAGGAAACCUCAAUCCAGUUUCUGGGUUUGUCUCUUCAUCUGGCAAAAUCUCUCUCUCUCUUACACACAAAGACACUUACACACUUGGCUCUCAUCCAUCCAUCUUCAUUUACCUUCUUCCUAUCCAUUUAUUUCAUGCCCGUUUCUAAGGCCAGAUGCAUUGACCCUUAGAAGAGAGGAAAAACCUAACGCUCAUGAGAUCUGGCAGAAGUUACCUUGGCUCUCCCCUCUCUGUACCUUUGCUACUACUGCUACUACUACUGGAACAAAAAGAAGAGGGGAACCUAUUCGGCAGGUUUUUGGCACGCCAGGAGUAGCCAACCCUUGGCUGGGGCCUGAGGUGUCAUCCUCCGUUGGUGGUGACAUUGUGUGGCUGCAUGUGCCACUUUUACAUGUAAAUCUGCACCAGAAGGAGAAGUCGGAGAAGUCCUUGGAAGGCUCAAAGCAAGGAGACAAAGUGCUCCAGUCCAGUUGUGGAAGCAGAAAAAUAGCAAGGGCUUUCCUAUGCAGAACGCUCCAUCUCCCUUCUCCCAAAGUCUGAGUAGAAAAAGAAAACUUAGCAACUAACAACAGACACAAGGGCAUACACUUUGGCUGGCCUGGUCUGUAUGGGCAACUUAAAGUCCCCAUGGCCAGAUGCGCAACCAGACAAAGCCUCCAUAUUUUACCUUUGUUCUUGCCGUAGCCUUUUCUCUUCAUUUUUGGAAACUUAUGCAGAGCCCACAGUUCUCCCACGGGAGGCUGGUUCUCCCACGGGACGCUGGUUCUCCCACGGGACGCUGGUUCUCCCACGGGACGCUGGUUCUCCCACGGGAGGCUGGUUCUCCCACGGGAGGCUGGUUCUCCCACAGGGCGCUGGUUCUCCCACGGGGCGCUGGUUCUCCCACGGGACACACGUCUAGCCUCUCUGCUAUAUUUAAUUUAAUUUAAAUCAAGUGUCUACCCCUCAUGUCUAGGAAGAUCCUCAUGGAAGAGUAUGGAAAAUUCUUGCUUCGAAGAUGGAUACGAAGCAAGAAGGGGAACUAAACAAAAUGCCAAGGUAAUGGGUUUCUCCACAUAUUGUAUAUCCCAACAAAUGAUAACACUAAUAUUCUAUCAUCCAAUAACUCCUGUGGUUAACAGCGAAAGGCACCUAGUAAAUGCAAUAGUAAAUGCAACAGAGUUAGUCAUAAAAAGUCCAGUAGUUUUCCUUCUGGCCUCUUUGUAGAAAACAUAUAGGGGUAAUAAGAGCAAAUGGAAGCUAUAUUACAAAUGCGGUGUUAAAUCUUCAUAGUGAAGUUAUUAUCUCAGUGAUGAAUCACAAGUACGCAACUGUCUUUCGAAUAUUAAGACAAAUUGUUAUUUUCCUCGUAAUUAAAGAGUGUUUUAGCCAUUUUGACAAAUGCAUCUCAAUGGACUUCUAUCACAGAGAAGCGGGAUAAAAAUAAAGUUUUAUUUUUGU